ACGUACAUAAAGCAUUGAAAAAACCUGUUACAACUUCGUCCAGAGGCUUAUAAUUAUAGUGUAAAUACUAAAUGCCUCUCCGAAGUUGCAACUAGCUCCAUGGUGCAUCACACAGACAUGCGUAGUUGCAUCAUCAAUGAGAUCGGAUGCAACUGCACAGUGACAACUCAUUCAGCUAAUUAA